ACGCGCCUAGGCCGGUAGAAGCUUGCCAGCCAUGUUUCAAUUAAUCGACGGCGAGCGCUACAUCUUCUUUCGUGAUCCAGACAAAGUGCGAGAGGCACUGCGGUUCCAGCCACGGGACGGAGACAUCAUAGAGGUUGCGUACCCAAAGUGCGGCAUGCAGCUGAUGCAGCAGAUGAUGCAACUAAUCGUACACGACGGGCAUUGCGCCAAAGACCUGCGCGAGUUCAGUUCGAGGGCGCCCUUUCUGGAGGACUGCGGUGGAAACUGGCCAGGAGAGAAGUCUUGCGCUCGGCUCUUCCGAACCCACAUCCGCUUGGGUAGGAUAGCCGUCAGCACCGAUGCCAAGUACGUGUACGUUGCACGUAACCCAUGGGACGCUUGCUACUCGCAGUACGUCAUGAACCAGAAAAUGCCGCUUCGCCCAAUGCGAGAAACAUUCGACGAGUUUCUAGACAUGUUCCUCGAAGGCUCCCUCACAAAUGGCUGCUACUUCCAGCACGUUCUCUCUGGCUACACGAGAAGAAAGGAGCCUAACGUCUUCUUCACGACCUACGAAAGCAUGAUGCGCGACACUGCAGCGACCGUGCUAGAUUUGGCUGACUUUCUUGGGGAGAAGUAUGCCGAAAGGUUGCGGAAGGACAAUGGGCUUCUCGCUACGAUUGUACGGCAUAGUACACCUGAGUUCCUGCGAAGUUUUCUUGAGAUUGAAACUCGUGAAAUGGUUGCCAUGAUGUUCCGCAGCCCAGCACUUGCUUCCUCUGCGCUAAACGAACCCGAUGUCGGAGAUGGAACUUUCAGUCUGGUGUGCCGGCCUGAAGUUGGAGUCUGGAAAGAAGCUUUCACGCAAGAGCAACUGCGAAGAACCGUGGCAAAAAUCGAGGAAUCUGUCGGAAAGAAUUUCGUGCCUGAUUUGUGGAAUAACGACUGGCACGAGGUUCUGCAAGCAGUGUUGUGAAAGUUCAAUCAAAUGUUCGCUUAGGGUUUGCACCAAAUUUCACAGCAAUGAGUUGUAC